AUGUGGGAGCCGAAGCGAGUUGUAUCCGACUCCCAUUCGUGUCUGUGGGCUUUAGACACUUCUUCGUCCCAAGAAAUGGGUACAGUUCCGCUGUGGUUUUCUUCUCUUCUAGAGUCUCCCAGGGCUCUCUUUAUUUCCUCGGGCUCCAUCAUGUCAUGCUUCACGCAUCUGUGGCACUCCAACACGCCGGACUCUCCCACCAGCCCAGUCCCUGCGUCUCCAAGUGAAAUCCCCAUCCCCAUCAGCCCCAUCGUUGUCACCUCCCCAGGAGACGGCAAGAGGAAGGCAAGGUCCCCAACCGACAAGCCAGGCUCCCCGAACCCAACCUCUCCGAAGCCAGCCUCCCCUGUUGAGUGCUCCAUUUGCUUCAACACCUACGACAACACCUUCAAGACGCCCAAGCUGCUCCAAUGCUCCCACGUUUUCUGCCUGGAGUGCGUGGCCCGCCUGAGCAAAGGGCUGCCCCCGAACCACCCAGAGGACCAGCUCCCCUGUCCCUUCUGCCGGCAGCUGACCAGCAUCCCCCUGGAAGGUGCCCCGGCACUGCAGACCAGCAAGGAGCUCCUUGCCACGCUGCCCCCUGAACUCCAGCAGGAGAAGGUGCUCUGGAUGGAAGGGACCAAGCUCUGCUGCCGCCAGUCAUCCGAUGACCCUGAGAAUCCGGACUCGUGUAUCUCCAUUGAUGUCGCCAUGAGCAAGCCAGAAAGUCCCGAGGCCCCCCCGACUGGGUUAGCCGGGAGGCUGUCCCGCUGCGACAUGUGCGACGACUGGAAACGCAUAGUCCUCCUCUCCGCGUUGAUCAUCAUCCUGUUCUGCAUCAUUCUGUGGCCAGUCCAGUGCGCCCUGAAGACGGGGAACCUCCGCUGCUUCACAAGGACUGUCGCAAUGAGCAGGCCAGAGUAUCUUCCCCCGAAGCACACCACCGCGGCAGCCCCCGUGACACAACUCCCUUUCCAGUAGCAGCCAGGCAGCCCCUCGCUCCCGUCCGGCGAGGCUGUCGGCUCCCUCCCCACGGCACAUCAGGGAGGCAGGAACGGGGUCUGCUGCCCUGACGGCAUUCCUUGGGUUGCUGGCAGACCCCGUGUCCCGUUCCCCACACUCCUCCUGUGCCGACACUCCAACCCCCGCAUCCACCUCCGGGAGCUCUGCUGAAAUCCUUGCCUGCCAAGCUUGUCUCCAGCCCAGGAGUGCUCCAAGGAGCCGCCUCGGCAUCCUGCUGCCAAACUCUCCAUGGAAACCAGAGCUUGGAAAGCAGCAGACAGGCUUCUAGGACUGUUUGCCUCCAGUGGCACACGGCCGUGUGCCGGCUUGGCCGGAUACCAGGUGACAGCGGCUACAGUUCCUCUAACUCCCUUGGGGAAUAAAGGGCUAUUUUUGAAAACUGAAGGAUCUACAUGAUUAUUCCUAAGAGGAGCUGGGAUUGGGAGGGUAAAGACAUGUCGAAGUCGUACAAGCAGAUGAAAAUUAUCCUUAUUCCACACGCUUGAAACGUUUCCGCAGUGUUGGUCAAUACUGGAGGUGUAACUGCUGCCUCCUGCUGACAAAACACGGAUCGAUCACUGCUACC